UUCCUGCAGCUGAAUGAACGGGCAUCUGUGAUUGUGGAUGUACAUCAAUUGCUAAAGAGGAAGUCAUUUGCAGAAUUUUAAGCACUGAAGGUGCUUUUGUGUAAAGGGAGAAAAACAUACUUUUGGGGGGGCUUUGAUUGGAGGAUUUACCAAUGCAUGAGCCAUGAUUUUGUUAAUUUUUUCACUGAAGUCAGUAGUUGUGUAGUGCCUCUCUACAAGUACAAUUCCAACUUCAAGCAGCAUACAAACCAACUGUGCCAACAAAAUGCAGAAGCAAGUUGAGGUCAGGAUGGAUGAGAGCCAUCUGGGACCAGGGGUAGACCCACCUGAGAAUCCAUGUGGAACCCUCUGUGAUAAGAUUAUGAAGAACAUGGUUCUCACUCUCACCAUCCUUGGUGUGUUUCUGGGUUCCAUCUCCGGAAUGCUUCUGCGGCACAUAUCACCUCUCUCUCCUGAUGUUAUAAUGAUCAUUGCUUUUCCUGGAGAGAUCCUAAUGAGGAUGCUGAAGAUGCUUAUUUUGCCUCUUGUUGUUUCCAGUCUGGUCACAGGACUAGCUGGUUUGGAUGCCAAAUCCAGUGGGCGACUAGGCACCAGGGCCAUGGUGUACUAUAUGUCGACAACGGUGAUUGCGGCUGUCCUAGGAGUGGUCCUGGUGCUGGCCAUCCAUCCCGGGAACCCCAAGCUUAGGGCCAAUCUUGGACAGGGAAAGAAGAACGACGAUGUGUCCAGUGUGGAUGCUUUAUUUGAUCUCAUCCGAAAUCUUUUCCCAGAGAACUUAGUGCAGGCCUGUUUCCAGCAGAUCCAGACAGUAACCACCAAAGUACCAGUACCCACUAACAGGACCAGAGCACCUCCGCAGUUCACAGUCAAAAGGUCACUUCAGUUCAAGAGUGGGAUGAAUGUCCUGGGUUUAAUUGGAUUCUUUGUUGCUUUUGGAGUUAUUAUGGGGAAAAUGGGCGAAAAGGCCAAGCUAAUGUUGGAGUUUUUCAACAUACUCAAUGAGAUUGUUAUGAAGCUCGUUGGUGCAAUUAUGUGGUAUUCCCCUGUUGGUAUUGCUUGCCUCAUCUGUGGAAAAAUCAUCUCUAUUGCUGACUUGGAGGUGGUUGCAAGACAACUGGGAAUGUACAUGGUUACUGUGAUAGUGGGCCUUAUCAUACAUGGAGGAAUUUUUCUUCCACUGAUAUAUUUUAUAAUAGUAAAAGAAGACCCCUACAAGUUCUUCAUGGGAAUAUUCCAGGCUUGGGUCACGGCACUGGGAACAGCGUCCAGUGCUGGUACCUUGCCUGUUACGUUCAGAUGCUUAGAGGAAAACCUGGGCAUUGACAAGAGAGUGACACGCUUUGUCCUCCCGGUGGGAGCUACAAUCAAUAUGGAUGGCACAGCACUUUAUGAGGCUGUUGCUGCCAUCUUCAUCGCUCAGAUGAAUGGCAUCAGCCUCGACUGGGGCCAGAUUGUUACCGUAAGCAUGACAGCUACCUUGGCCAGUGUUGGAGCAGCUAGUAUCCCGAGUGCUGGACUUGUGACCAUGCUUCUGAUCCUAACAGCAGUAGGGCUGCCCACUCAGGACAUCAGCCUCCUGGUUGCUGUCGACUGGCUUCUGGAUCGUUUCCGUACCUCUGUUAAUGUGGUUGGGGACUCCUAUGGAGCAGGCAUCGUGUACCACCUUUCCAAAGACGAGCUUGACUCCUUUGACGCCCAGCAGGUCCGGAUGGACGACUUUGAGAUGGCAAAGACACAAUCGUUCUUUGAAAAUAACACCAACCAGAAUAUGUACGCUCACCACAACUCAGUGUUGAUAGACGACUGCAAGGUCACCAUGGGCAAAAAUGGCAACACUGCAGAAUUCUCUCUUGUUGAGGAAGACCCAUGGAAAUGCGGGUAAAGCAGAUUCAGAUGCCGCUGCACCUUACAUGAGUAUUACUUUUACCUUCUGCCGACACAACUGCAAAAAUACAAGCGACGACAAAAAGCAAUCAUAUUAAGAAGAAGACAUAAAAGAAAAGAAAAGAAAAGAAAAGAAAGCAUUAAGGGGAGGUUAACAGGAGUCGGACAGAUUUUGAAAAUACCUUUAUCCAUCUGGGUAACUGAAUGGAUCAAAUCUUCACCCUAGAUCAGAUCUUGUGUUUGUAUAACUUCUGCACAAACUGUAAUAAACUUCCAUGCACUUGUAGAGACAACAUUCAGUUGACAACACUCAGGGCCUUACUUGGUGCUGCUGCAAGCUACCUGUCCUGUCAACGCAAACAAAUUCUUCUACUCUGUGCAACAUGUCAUGUUUCUUUUGUACCAAACCAUUUUCUUUGUAGCUUAAAGGAGGGUGUGUGACUGAUGGCCUUGCUGCUUAACUUAUAUACGAGGAGCAUGUGAUAUAAAAGGCAUCAGAAUCUGACAGAUUUUAUUGCUGAAUUGUUGAUACCAUCAGCGGUUUCACAAUUUGUAAGCUUAUGGCAAAGAAAAGAAAAGAAACCAAAGCAAAGAGUGUCUUGUUGUUGAAUUGCAGAGAAAGGUCAUGGCAGUUAAACCUUGAAUCACCUUUGACUGUUCAGCUCAUGGGAUUAUUCCCUGAUGUCACACACAAGGUCAGAGCUGAUAAGUGAAGAUUAGGAUUUAAAAGCAGAGAGCGUGGCCUCUAAAUGUAGCAACACAAAGUACAGAAUGUGUUGCUGAGAGUAAAGCUCAAAUAGAUUACAUAAAGGGUGUCCUCCCAGUUAUUUAUCCAUAUGUUUGUUUCUUUGUUUUUUGUAUGUAUGUCCUUAAUGUAUGGAUAACUGAGUUUCUGUUAAUAAUCAAAAGUCUGCUGUGUCCUAGAAAUCAUGUGUGUACGAGUGUGUUUCUGACAGAGAGUGGGGGAGAUUAACGAAAAGAAAAGGAACAAAAAACUGGAGGUUUAAUGAGAAGAAGUGGGGAUGUCUCUCAAACUCUCAACAGACCAGUGCAUUGUCCAGUGUUUUAUUUCAAACCGUUUAUUUCUUUACUAUAUGACAACCUUGCCUUGAUGAUGUCACCUGCAGAGUGCAGUUAGUAUGAUCAUGAUCACUGAAGCAUUUCUGGAUGAAAGCUAGUAUGGAUUGUCGCGCUAGAAUAGAAAAGAGUAACAGAAGUUUUGUGAGUGAGGAUGGCUGGGCCUUCUUCACAAGGUUUUGUAACAUCUACAAAACAGAUUUAGAUAGAAAUAACAAGCUUGUAAUUACACCUACAGUUAAUUAGCUAUGGUCACGUCUGUUUAGCAAGUGCACACUAAAUUCUGCCUCCAGCACUCGCAUAAAUCUGACGCUGUAACAACAAGGUCAUUGGAUGUUGGCUCAGUAUGUACAUGUUUGUGAGUUUCACUCUGGUGUUCAAAACUAGAUGAAACUGGAUUAUUCAUUUCUUUUUCAUAUAAGCAGAAGCUUAUAUAAAUAUAUAUAUAUAAAUAAAAGUGCCUGCUUGCACUUUGUGUAUAUACUCUCUUUAGGUAAAAAGUGUACAAAUCAAAUGUAUAGACUUGAUAUUUUUGUCAUCAUAAUGGUUUUUGCUAUUUAAAAAAUUUAUAUAAUGACCAUAAUGAUAUACAACUUUGCAGUUAUGCUAGAACAAUGCUAAUUUAUUUAUUUAACGGGCCAUUAGUUAUCUCAAUAGGUUGUGACCUUAGGGUUAUUCAUUAACAAAGAAUCCAUUACAUGUGUUUGUUUUUAAGAAAGAUUGCAAAUUGUUUUCUGGGAAAAAAGUCCACUAUUUGUCAGUGUGGGUACAAAUUGUUACUGACCCACUGCAUAUUUGGUUGCUUAAGGGUUCUGAGCAAGCUUAUGGGGGUUUUUCAGUAUGUGAGAAUAUGGGUAUCUCUAAAGGGAAAGACUGCAGUAAGCCAGUCAUUUGUCACUGAUUUUCUUUAUGCUUCUCCAUUUCUUUAAUUUAUUAUUGGUCAUUGUUUUAGUUGAUGAUAUGUUAUUAGUCAACUGGCCUACCAUAGCAAGUGUUUUCUAUAAAGAUGUAAGACUUGUACCAUCUUUAGAUGAUUAAACUCCUAUUUUGUAUCUUUGUUUGGGAUUCUGUACACAUGUCUGUCUGAGAAUGCAUUAAAUAUUUUCUUGUGUCUGACAUUCAUCAUCAUGCUAAGCUCUGACUGGCUAAAUGGAAGUAAGAGUGAAGGGAUUUGUGCUUCACCAUCACAAGAGCAAAAAUAUUCGUCUGAAAAAUGGACCGAAAGUGUAUAAAUGUUUCAAUGCAUGUGUGUAAAGAUUAUUGUAAGCAAAUAAAUGUUUAUUGAUGA